AGCGUCCCAUUUACGUGUUUUGUGUUAAAGUAUUUUACGUUUAUUUCAGAGUUAUCCUGUUGACCGUGGAUUCGUUAUCGAAUCUUAGGCCAUUGUCAUAAGUGUUAUAUCCGCGUAGUUGUUUGUUAAUUUUGUAAAUUCAUACUAGUGUUAAUAAAAGUUGUUUCAAUUUACAAGAGAAAAGAAUGUAUAGUUCUGGCGAAGAAUCGUUAUACGCUGAAUGCCUUUCUCCUGACGAUGCUCCGACAUCAGAAGUGGGAUCAGUGCCGGUUAUGACGAUACGGGAACAUAGGGCCCUGGUGCGUGAUAUUUUUCGGUCGAUAAAACAAAAACGGAGAAGAAGGAGUGUGGAACGGAAAAAUAUUUCGCUGCCACGUUUUAACCCCGAAGUCACGGGCGCCGAUCCGGCCGCUUGGAGCUCAGCUGUUAGCCUGCUCAUGAAGGACAACCCCCUACGAGACAGCGCGCUAUAUUCUGCCUUGAAUAGUGCUUUAGAGGGUUCCGCAGCGCAUUGGCUUACGCAGGUAAUAGACGGCGAAGAAAUUACCUGGCCAAGGUUGAAGGAACAAUUCAUCGCGCAUUUCGGGGGCCAAGUGACCACAUCGUCAUCGUUAAUAAAGUUGUCUAGGGAACCACGAUGGGAGAAUGAAUCCUCAGGGGCGUUCGGCAAUCGUAUCCGUUCCCUGUUGAAUACGAAGUGGCAACAUUUAACAAGAGAAGAGAUAGUCAACGCUACCGCUCUCUUUCUGCUGAGCUCUCACGACCAACGCUUCAAACGAUUGGCACUCACGAGCGACAUCAGGACGGCGGAACAAUUUCGAAAAGAAAUGAGGGCUUUUUCUUACGAGGAGGAGCCGACGACUUUGCCGGGAAAUUCAUCAGCGGGUCCUGAAGCCAAACGACGCAAGCUAUCGGACCACCGGGUUAGGUGCCUGUACUGUGGUAUUCACGGACAUAAGAUAACUGAGUGCCGCAAGAGGACGCGGGUCGAAAUGCAGAAGUAUACACAACGCCCGGGAAAAAGCCAACCAGCUACAUCGUCCAAGGUGCCCUGCUUCAAGUGUCGCGCAGAGGGGCACAUCGCAACUGACUGUCCGUUACUACAGACCAGAAAAUCUAAUCCUAAUAACGAACGUCGAGUCGAUUCUUGCGUGGUGGAGUCUCCAACUGGUAAAUUAAGUCAUCGGGUUACACCCGAGGACGUGUGAUAGUCAGGAUGGCCGUGUCGGAGAUGGAAGGACACUGAAGCCUCCCGUUUGGAACUAUGGGAAUUCCGUAAUAUUGUAAUUUAUAUUCUACUAUAGCCGUAAUUAAACGAUUGUUAUUCAUUGUAUUUUGUUCGAGACUUGUGAUAUUGGGAUGGGGUUCGAGGCGACACAACUGGUCGCCGAACGUAGCCGCGGUCACGGGAUGGACAUUUUCCUUGGGAAUGUCGAUAUAAUGGGACACACGUUGUAUUAGCAAUCAAACUCCAAGCAAAGAUUGCCUAGCAACGGCGAUUGGAAUCUUCUCGAAGCUUCGGACCAAUAUAUAACAAGCGAACGCAAUCGAAAAGUCUGGAAAAAAAUUCCAUCAGUCUAUGAUUCGUGCGAUCACCUUGGAGAGUUUUCACAUCAAGCU